AUGGAAAAAGCAGUAGAAGAGAUAUUGGAAAAUGGGAAUUGGUCUUCUACAAAUACGACAUGCCGAGAGAGGGCUUUAAGCAAGAAAAAUGUAGGGCUUUGGUUGCAAUUUAUUGCAGGGAGAGUUUCCAAAAAUAGGAGGCAAAUUUUGGUUGGCAUGACCAUGAGUUUUGCUGGGUUUUCGUGUAAUCCAAUUUUUUCCAAUGCAUUUGCAGAGACCGCUGAAAAUGGCUGCUUUUUCAGUUCAGCUUGUGUUGUGUAUAAUUUCAAUUAUUUGCUUUUUGUAGGGUGGUCAUUGGCUGCAAGUGAGCCUGAUGGGUUCAAAUCCGUCACUGCUUUCUACCCAGAAGGGAACACUAGCUCCAAUGUGAGCGUUGUGAUUACGGGGCUUGGUCCGGAUUUCACCAAGAUAGAAUCAUUCGGCAAAGUUGAUGAGUUUGCUGAGACUCUGGUGAGUGGAUUGGACAGGAGCUGGCAAAGACCACCAGGUGUGGAAGCCAAACUUAUCAACAGUAAAUCUUCUAAUGGUUUCUACUACAUCGAGUACACCCUGCAAAGACCAGGGGAGACUCACAGAUACUUGUUCUCAGCGCUUGGAAUGGCAUCCAAUGGUUGGAUCAACAGGCUAUACACCAUCACUGGACAGGUAUUUAUAAAUGCUCAAGAUUUUGUGUUAAUUAGGUGGGGUUCGGGUGGGGAAAGGGUGCGUGUAUGUACGUGUGUGAUUUAGAUAACUGCUUGGUGCAUAUGUGUUUUUCUGUUUAACUAAGCGUUCAGCUGUAAAUUUUGUAUAGUCAACUUUCAAAUGUGAAGAGCGUAGAAAGAAGUUCUAGGCCAUUUGUAAUGCGUGUUCUCGAUGAUGAGGUGGAUGACAUUGACAAUGCAUAUGAG